AUGCCCUUGUACUACGACGAUGUCGUCUGGGCUUACGGCUCGGGCGAGGGUCUGCUUGUGUACCCGGUAUCCGGCCAGGAGUACUGCGCUUUGGAUUUAGCCUUGGGCAUCUCGCAAAUUGUGCCAUUCACCACGAAAGGUCGUAUAGUACGGCGAGUGAGACUCGAGCACGGAGUGCUUGUUUUCGAGUGGGCUGAGCAGGAGGCUUUCCACCAGCUAAACGAAGGCGAAGGCGUCCAUCGCCACUUCGCCUCGGCAUUUGACGUGUGGACAGACAAGGAGGAGUACGACACACUGCCAGACCUGGGUGCGUCGAAGUCCGGUGAUGCUGUAGAAGGAGAGAGACUCAAGCCACAAAGAUGGCAUUUUGCCCUUCGCGCCGAGUGGAAAAUCCACUACCUAGGCCUCCCACUGGCCACCAACGACCGUUUCUACUCUGCCCACAAUGCAACUCAUUACGCCCUCUAUGUGUGGCAACCCAAUCGCUCGCCCUGGGGUGAAGACAGCCCGCUCGAACGCCUGACGGUCUGGGACAUUGGCAACCCCCGAAAGGCAGAGUCCUGCAUCUCCGUCGCCCCUGUCGAGCCAGACAUGAUACGCAGCAUUACGAACGAACAUCUCACGCCCUCGGGUCUCCGCCAGUCCGACACGCCGUCAUUGCGAUCUCUCGCUCUCGACAGCGAGACCCGCGAUCCCCACAAUGGGCAGUCGACAGGCCACCUCUUCUUCCUGACGGAAGAGCACCGCUGGGCCGCGGGCUCCCAGUCCGGUCUCCUCCCUCCCCGCUUUCACAGCGUACGCGCCACCGGCAUCCCGCUGCAGGGCGACGGGCCUGUAUGGGUGAACGAGUGCAGCGGCAACACGGCCAGUCCGGCCUGUCGAGGGGACGCGUUCGCCAUGGAAGAAGAGGAUGCGUGGCCCGGCUGGGCGCCGUGCUGGCGACACGAGGACUUUCCGUACCUGACCGUCUCGCAGGUCGUGGAUCGUGCGGCGGGGGUGCGCUUCAGUGCGCGGCAGUGCUUCACCAUGGAUGUCGUCAGUGUGAACAGGGACCCGGAGCAGGGCACGGCCAGUGCCGCUCUCGAAGGCGCGAAAGGGGCCGACGACGAUGGAGCCCUGCAGAGAGAAGUUCGAUUCGCGGACGGGACUUGGGCGCAGAUGAUGGCAAAGGGACAGAUCAUGGGUGAUGAGCGAUGGCUGAUUGGCGAGACUGCUGGGAGGAUCCUGACUAUACUUUAUUUCUGA